UUUCGGUGUUUAAAAUAAAUAUGGCUGGACCAGUUGCAAAUAUGGCUAAUAUUUGGAAGAAGAAGCCUUUUAAAUAUACUCCACCAUCACCGCCAGCUAAUCUCAUCGAUUGUAGUAAUUUAACUAUCGAUUUCGCGGCUCGUAAGUUUUUAAACAUUGGACUAGACCCUACCGAUGAAUUCAAUACCAGGAUACAUAUUAUAACAGCUUCACGUUAUGUAAAUAUUCCUGUCGACUUUCUAAAUCGAAUAUUCAGACUUAUGGGAAACAUUCUAUCGUUCAUACUCGAUCAACCAGAAAAAUAUAAACGAAAAUUAUUUUUGGAGACAGACUCAAUUUCAUUAUCUAGUAUGGUGUAUCAAUCGGAGAACACACUCGUUAUAGAAUCAAAAAUUCAAGACGGUUGUCGUGUUUUGUUAAAUCGUACCGACCUAUUACUCUUGCAAGAUUUAGAAUCUACCAUUUCUGAGAUCAUCGAUAGAAAAUCUAUUAUAAUUAAACCAAUUGUAAUACAUCAAAUUGAUCUAAUCGCCUCAUUCUUAAAAACAAACUCGAUGUUAAAACACUCGACACUCGAAAUAAUGAGAAACCGUGUGAGAAACGUCAAUAAUGAUUUCAUUUCAAUACACGUUAUUGGUGAGAACGACUACAUUUUCACAAGUCAGUUAAAAUUAUAUGCAACUGAUUGUAUCGUUCAAAAAUGGAUGGAAAAAUUGGAAAAAGAUGAGGGAUACAAUGGUCAGUGUUCAUUAGUUUAUUCUCCGCCAUCGUUUAACAGUUUAUAUGGACAGGAAAAUCUGCCAUUAAUCUCGCCCUUAUCUCCACCGACACAAGAGAGCCACGUCGAAAACAUGGAGUAUUCUCUACCCACACAGGAGAGCCCCGUCGAAAACAUGCAGUAUUCUCUACCCACACAGGAGAGCUUCACCGAAAACGAUGGACCAUUUGGACCACAGUAUAUAUAUAACUAAUUUUAUUUGUACUAUUGUA